CUCGUAAUGAAUUAUAUUAUAAUUUGAAAUUAGUUCUAUCUCCAUUAUUCGUUAUGCAUACUAGUCCUUGCAUAGGACGGACAAAUAAUGGUGGAUAAUGAUAAUAUCACCAAAGAUGGCCAAGACGAGACGCCAGAGCCAGUUCCAUUCUGGAGCCCCCAUUUGAGAGGUGUUCGUGCCCAAGUUGUGCGGAAAUUGGCGCUGAUGAUUCUUUUCCUUUGCGUAUUCAUUGUUGGCGUCUUAUCCUUGUACUGGGCCAUUUUGUUCCGGGAAGAGAAGAACCUACCAGCGCUCAAGGUCUGGGUUGUCGACUUUGAUGGUCAAAUUGAACCAUAUCAUUCAAGUGGCUCCAGACCGCUCGUUGGGCCAGUGAUUAUCAGCGUCGCGACGCAGAUCAUCCAGAAUAUUACUGGUACCCUGGGAUUUACGAUCAAACCACCGGCAGAUUUUGGCAAUGACCCAUUUGCAGUCAGACAGUCAAUUUACGAUGAGAGAGCCUAUGCAGCUAUCAUAGUCAAUGCUAAUGCUACAACUCUGCUACGACAAGCUAUCGUGCAGGGUAAUACCUCAUACGAUCCCUUUGGAGCUGCCCAAGUCAUCACUAUAUCCGCGCGAGAUCAGACGACAUAUCCGAUAUACAUCUCAACCCCGCUGUUUGAAUUUCAGAUCACAGCCCUGACUGCAUUCGGUCAGCAGUGGGCCAGUGAAUUAGCCGCCAAUUCGUCUUUGGAUUUCUCCCGCGUACCGCAGGCUGUGAACCCCGGGAUAGGUUUCACGAAUAUUGAUCUCCGGCCGUUUACCCCCCCAGUCGCUACACCAGCUGUAACAAUAGGUCUGAUCUAUCUUAUUGUGAUUGCAUUCUUCAGCUUUCCCUUCAUGAUGCCCAUACAUUCGAUAUAUAUCAAUCAGAGAUACCCCCUCCGAAUCAGCCACAUGAUAGUAUGGCGGAUUCUGUCUACUGUGGUGGCUUAUUUCUUUCUAUCUCUAUGCUACUCCAUCGUCUCUCUUGCAUAUCGGAUUCCUCUCAGCAACCACCCUGCUCCGGACACAGAAUCAGCCUCGAACCCCAAUGCAUAUGGAAAAGGCUCAUUUGUCGUGUUUUGGAUGUUGAAUUGGGUUGGAAUGGCGGCUCUCGGAUUUCCUUCUGAGAACAUGGGAAUGAUACUGGGCUCGCCCUGGAAUGCAUUGUGGUUGAUCUUUUGGAUCAUCACCAACGUUGCUACUGGGUUUUAUUCCCUGGAUCUGGCCCCCGGGUUCUUUGCAUGGGGCUAUGUAUGGCCGCUUCAUAGAAUUGUUGAAGGCUCACGGACGAUAUUGUUCGAUACCCACUCUCGGAUUGGUCUCGAUUUUGGUGUUCUGUUUGGCUGGGCAGGUGUCUCCGUCGCUUUAUUUCCUUUUGCGGCCAUGUUUAUGCGAUGGAAGAAAAAGAAAGGUAUGUCAUAGCCUACAUUUCCCCUGCGUUUAUAUACUG